GCGGUCCGCUCCUCCUCAGGCGACAGGGUGUCUUCCCAUGCAAGCUCACAAGAACGGCCUGUCCCGCCCAUUCCACCCGUCCUCCCGUCCCGCCCGUUCCGCCCCACCGCCCACGGACGCCCGUGUCCGUGAUGUGCCACACCGUCCACCCUGGUCGCCCCGUAUCCCUGGCCAUGGCCGUGCCGCCUCCUAGCGCCCCGCCCUGCACACAACCCAGCGCCCCGCCUUGCCCUGACCUGAUCAGCCCCGCCAGCGUCACCAGCGAGGCUUCCAGCAGGGCGGGACGGAGGAAGCGCGGCCCGGGGCUCAUCGUGGGCCGGUCUGUGUGGCUGUCCCGCUCCGCCUCGGGCAGGUCCUCCAGGAAGGCGCGGCGAGCCAAGAAGGCGACGCCGCAGGUGCAACGACAGCAGCAGGUGGAGGAGCUGGACGAACGGGUCCCUGGCCGUGCGGGUGGCGCCCUAGGGCCUGAGGCCUACCAGUCCCUGAGGGAACCCAAUAGCUCCAUGCCGGUGUUCGUGCCUCCGCAGCGGCGCCGCUCCUCGGGCACCAUCAAGCUGAACAACACGCUGCUGCGGCGCCUGGAUGUGCCGGAGAUCCGCACGGCCCACACCCACCUGCUCAUGCCGCUUAGCCAGCCGGUGGGCUCCCAUCUGGUGGACGGCAGGAGCCAGAAGGCGGCGCAGUGGGUGCGGUCGAUGCUGGAAGAGGAGGAGGAUGGAGGGGUGAGGGACACCAACAGUGAGCCUGGUGGUGCCAAGUUUGCGGUGCGGCAGCGUGCCAGGAAGCCCAAGUCUGAGCCCAACACCGCGCGCCUCAACGUCAGGCUCAGCAAGAACCCGGACCUGAUCUUGAAGGCGCUGUCGGCGCUGGCCAAGCUGGGCAGGUCGCGGCAGGAGCAGGAUCAGCCCAGCGAGGCCGCCAACGAGCGCAUCAUCACUCAGCUGCUGCUGCGGGACCUGAGCAGCGGCAGGUGCUACUCUAGGGACGGCUCCAGGCUGGGCAGCGCCGAGUCCCUGGGCGACUCUCAGGUCAGCAGUCGCGGCAGCAGCGGUGCCGCGCGCCCCAGCCGCCGCGUCCGCCGGAAAAAAUCAACCAAGCGUCACCCGAGCGUGCCGGCGUACCCGUCCUGGCGACGCACGCCCCGCCUGCGCUCACCGCGCGGAAAUCCUGGUGACAUCACGCAGAAGGGCUACGAGAAGAAGAAGGCGCGCCUGCUGCAGCCCUAUGUCAUCCGGGACCCCAACCAGGCCUCCCACCAGGCGGCGCUGCAGGCACAACACAGCAGCGGUGCCAGCAGCCGCCGCCACCGCAGCGAACAUCGUAGCGUCACUACUCACGAGCGGCGCUACCUCUCAGGUGCUCAAGCCGAGGCCGCAUCACCAUCCACCCGCUCACGUCGGAGAGCCCAACGCCGCGUCACCAGGAAUGAGUCACGCUAUCACUCCGAGGUGCGGCAGGAGGCGGUCAAGGAGGCGUUGGCACAGUACCAGUCACGACCCAAGAACCUGCCGCUGCCCUCCAAGCGUUCCUCGGUGAUGACGGCACGCUCCCCCGAUAGACACCAUCGCGACUCAGACUCGGAGGACAGUGAUGAGGACAGUGUGACAGCCGAAGGCAGCCUUGGAAGCAGCGGGGGUCACAGCGGGUCACAGGGCACGCCAGAGGUCACACGCACACCACUCCUGCUGCCACCACCACAGGUGCCCUCACAUGGCAGCGGGGGAGGCACACCUGCUAGCAGCUCCAGCAGCAGUCACCACACCCCGCCCCACCCCAUGCAGCCCAAGCAGCAGCAGCCCCUGCCCCCUGUCCCUCCACACAGUCUGAGCAAUGGCGGCGAGGAGGAGAGGAGGAGACGAGAGAUGACGGACGUGCCCGACCCCAUGCGCAGCAUUACCUCAUUUUCACAGCCGCCAGACGUGACCAACAACACAGGCAGUGGCAACGCCCGGAUGCCCCGUGAUGACCGCAUCACCCGCUACUCUGGCCCCGCCUCCAGCAGACAGUCCUCUUCUGAUGCCGACUCAGACGGAUGGAGAGACGCUCUCUAUCAUUUUCCAGAAAAUUGGAGAGGAACUGGACGCUGGAAAGUUUCUAACAAGAUUCAGCAACUUCUCAACACACUCAAGAGACCAAAAAGACGACCUCUUCCAGAGUUUUACCUCGAUGACGAAGAAGAUCUGGAAAUUGCUGCCAAUCCCAAAGACCCAAAUGCUCCCAAGCCAGAGGGAAUGGUGAUGACCCCAGCCAGAGGAGAACAGUUGGUGAUUCCUGCUGGCCUCCCUCGGUCCGUGGAGGAUGCAGUGUACCGCUAUGGCUCCUCGUCUGGCUACAAGGCACCCGUGGCCACAGUCCUGGAUGCCAACGGAAAGCUCUCCGUCUCUCUUACUUAUGGUAAAUUGUUAAGCAGAUCACAGAAGAUGGCAUACAACCUGCUGACCCGCCUUGGGGGUCGAGGGGAGGGCACGGUGAUGCCGGGUGACCGUGUGGCUCUUGUCUACCCUAACAAUGACCCUGUCUCCUUUAUGUGUGCAUUCUACGCAUGUCUGCAGGCUGGGCUGGUCCCCGUUCCCAUUGAAGUGCCACUGUCAAGAAGAGAUGCAGGGUCACAGCAAAUCGGGUUCCUGCUGGGCAGCUGUGGGGUGUCAGUGGCCUUAACCUCUGAGGCGUGCUUCAAGGGUAUCCCCAAGACCAGUGCUGGGGAAGUGGUGUCCUUCAAAGGGUGGCCUAAGUUGACCUGGUUCAUCACCGACCACCUGCCCAAGCCUCCCAAGGACUGGCAGACGCCUCCCAGACACUCAGACGACACGGCGGCAUACAUAGAGUACUGCACAGACAAGGACGGCUCGGUGAAGGGAGUGGUGGUGACGCGGACAGCAAUGUUGGCCCACUGUCGCACACUCACCUCUGCCUGCAACUACACCGAAGGAGAGGUGGCCGUCUGUGUCCUCGACUUCAAGAGAGAGGUUGGCUUGUGGCACUCCAUGCUGUGUUCCGUGUUCAACGGCAUGCACGUCAUAUUCAUUCCAUACUCCGUCAUGAAGGUGAAUCCAGCCUCCUGGAUGCACAUGAUUACCAGAUUUAAAGCCAGCAUAGCGGUAGUCAAGUCCCGUGACCUGCACUGGGGUCUGCUGGCCACCAAAGAUCACAAGGACGUGAGUCUCCAGUCACUACGCUUGCUUCUAGUCGCUGAUGGAGCCAACCCUUGGUCCCUCUCUUCCUGCGAUCAGUUCCUCGCUGUGUUUCAGAGCAAAGGUCUCCGGCCAGAUGCCAUUUGUCCCUGUGCAUCGUCCCCAGAAGCCCUCACUGUCUCUGUCCGGAGGCCGGGCCACGGUGGCGCCAACGCAGUGGGCCGAGGAGUGUUGAGCAUGCAGGGCCUGAGCUACGGUGUUGUGCGAGUCGACCAGGAGAACUCCCUCACUUCCCUCACACUGCAGGACUGUGGCCAAGUUCUACCUGGAGCGAUGAUCAUAGUAGUAAAGUUGGAAGGUCAGCCAUUGGUGUGCAGGACGGACGAGGUGGGCGAGAUCUGUGUGGCGGGUGCGGCAAUGGGUGAUCAGUACUGGGGGCUGCAGGGGAUGACCAACACCACCUUCCGUGUUCAGCCGCUGCUGCCAGACAACACGCCCAUCUCAGACAGUUCCUCCUUUGUGCGGACGGGUCUCCUGGGAUUCCUUGGUCCUGGCGGGCUGGUGUUUGUGUGUGGGUCACGUGACGGCCUCAUGACAGUCACCGGCCGCAAACACAACACAGACGACAUCAUUGCCACAGUGCUGGCCGUGGAGCCCAUGAAGUUCAUUUACCGAGGGCGGAUUGCUGUCUUCUCUCACCGAGUGCUGAGGGAUGAGAGGAUAUGCGUCAUUGCCGAGCAGCGACCAGACUGUUCCGAAGAGGAGAGCUUCCAGUGGAUGUCAAGGGUCCUUCAGGCAGUGGAUAGCAUACACCAAGUAGGGAUAUACUGCUUAGCUCUUGUUCCUCCCAACCACCUACCAAAGACACCCUUGGGAGGGAUCCACUUGUCUGAGACACGCAAGAAGUUCCUGGAAGGCUCCCUUCACCCAGCCAAUGUGCUCAUGUGCCCCCACACUUGUGUCACCAACUUACCGAAGCCUCGUGAGGUUCACCACGAUGUGGGGCCAGCGAGUGUGAUGGUGGGAAACCUGGUGCAGGGCAACCGGCUGGCCAGUGCUCAGGGCCGGGAAAUGGGCCUCAUGGACAACGACGACGGCAUGAGACGGCAUCCCCAGUUCAUUGCCGACAUCCUGAAGUGGCGGGCGUCCACCACAGAGAAUCAUGAGAUCCUGACUCUUCUAAACUCCAAGGGUCAAGUGGCCACCUCACUCACCUGUGCUCAGCUCCACAAGAAGGCAGAGCGAGUGGGCUGCCUUUUGCUGGAGAAGGGUCACAUUAAUACUGGUGACCACGUUGCUCUCAUUUACCCUCCUGGAGUAGACCUAAUAGCAGCCUUUUACGGGUGCUUGUAUGUUGGUGCUGUGCCAGUGACAAUCCGCCCCCCACAUCCUCAAAACCUACAGUCUACAGUGAACACAGUUAGAACAGUUGUAGAUGUAUCCAAGUCUUCUAUAAUACUGUCUACCUUGUCAGUUAUAAAACUUCUCAAGAGUAAGGAGGAGAAGUUUGACAGUGGCAAGAAGUGGCCUCCAAUUCUCGACACAGACGACCUCCCAAAGAAGCGGCUGCCCUCCAUAUACAAAGCACCCACACCAGAGAUGAUCGCCUACCUGGACUUCAGUGUCUCCACCACAGGAAUGUUGGCGGGCAUCAAAAUGUCCCACGGUGCUGCAACCUCUCUCUGCCUCAGCAUGAAGGUUGCGUGUGAACUGUACCCUUCCCGAGUGGUGGCCCUGUGCCUGGAUCCCUACUGUGGCCUGGGGCUUGCACUGUGGGUCCUCUCCUCCAUAUACUCUGGACACCAGUCCAUUCUCAUUCCUCCAGGCGAGGUUGAGGUGAAUCCCUCCUUAUGGCUCUCUGCUGUCUCACAGUACAAAGUGCGCGACACCUUUUGCUCGUACGGAGUGAUGGAGCUGUGCACUAAGGGCCUGGGCUCCUCCAUUGCCCUCCUGAAACAGCGUGGCGUGAACCUGGCCUGCGUCAGGACCUGCGUGGUGGUGGCAGAGGAGCGGCCCAGAGUGCAGCUCACCAACUCCUUCUCUAAACUCUUCAGCGGCCUUGGACUUUCCCCCCGUGCAGUGUCAACCAGCUUUGGCUGUCGAGUCAAUGUGGCUGUGUGUCUGCAGGGUGCGUCCUCCCCUGACCCCACCACCGUAUUUGUUGACCUGCGCUCACUUCGACACGACCGGGUCACGCUGGUGGAAAGGGGCGCCCCCCACUCCAUCUGCAUCAUGGAGUCUGGCAAGUUGCUGCCAGGAGUGAAGGUGGUCAUUGCCAACCCCGACACAAAGGGACAGUGCUCUGAUUCCAAUCUCGGGGAAAUCUGGGUUCAGUGCAGCCACAACGCCAGCGGCUACUUCACCGUGUACGGCGAUGACGGCACCUCCAAUGACCACUUCAGCGCCCAGCUGGUAACCGGCAACACAGGGGAGACAUAUGCCCGCACCGGCUACCUGGGCUUCCUGCGCCGCACUGAGUCGGUCCAGGCAGACGGAGAGCUGCAUGACGCUGUGUUUGUGGUGGGUGCGCUGGACGAGACGGUCAUCCUAAGGGGGAUGCGUUACCACCCCAUCGACAUCGAAAUGACAGUGAUGCGGUGCCACAAGAAGAUCUCGGAGUGUGCGGUGUUCAACUGGACCAACUUGCUAGUGGUGGUGGUGGAGCUGGACGGGGCGGAGUACGAGGCCCUGGACCUGGUGCCGCUGAUCACCUCGUCCGUCCUGGAGGAGCACCAGAUCAUUGUGGGGGUCAUUGUGGUGGUGGACCCCGGGGUGGUGCCCAUCAAUUCCCGUGGGGAGAAGCAGCGCAUGCACCUGAGGGACGGAUUCCUGGCCGACCAGCUUGAUCCAAUCUAUGUUGCCUACAAUAUGUAAAUAGUGAGCUGUUUUCAGCUGGACAGGAUAAAAGACAUUCAUUUUAUUUACAUAACUGGAAGUUGCUCCAGGCUGGCAAGGUUCCUAUUGCCAGAAAAAUCGGAAAACAGGGAAAUAGAGAUUUUAUGUUUUAUGAUGACUCAUCGUGAGUGAUUGAAGUGAGUUUUAAAAAUGAAUGAAAGGUUUGCUACAAAUACACAAUGCAUCACAAGAACACUGUGGGUUAGCAAGGGCAUGUAUAGACAUACACCUUGAAUAACCCACAAUAUAUAAAGCACACAGUCACUUUUGUAUAAUACAGGGAUGUUAUAUCCAAUAAUUUUUACAUUUAUAUUUGUUGUCAGAUGUAAGAUUUUUUUUUUUUUUUUUUUUUUUUUUCCCCAUCUUUAAAUAAGGAUUUUCUAUUAUUUACAAGUGCCAUGUGCAGCCUUUUACAAUUGCAUUUGUAGUGUGAUAUUUCAGUGAAUAUAUUCAGUCAUGAACUUUGGUAGACAGUUAAUGCUAGAUUGUGAUAGUGUUUGUGAGGUUAUAGAAAAUUUAAUAGACCAUAAAGCUGCUUAGAUAUAAUUGGUACAGAGAGAAUGAAUGCAUUUCAAGUCAUUUUUUGACCUGAGGAAAUGUUUGCCACUUGAUACAGCCAAACAGUGUGUGUAUAUAGUCAUGUGAUGGCUAAGACUCAGGCCUCUGUACAUAGGGUACAGUAAUGUACCAAUUCCCAUUUUAUUUAGUCUUUAAAGGAGUCGUUUUUCCAGCAAUUACGUGACUGUUUUCUAGCGCAGUAGUGCUGAAAGACGUGCUCGCCACCGUUUCUGUACAUUUGUAUAGCCGUAGAUAUGUUUAUCAUAUAGUCUUGGAAGCUCGGCGAACAGGAACUUUGUCCCGCUCAAAGCUCCGAGUGUCGUCGGUCACCUCCGCACCCAUGAGAAGCGUGUCGCAUUAGUGCUUCAGACAAGAAGUGUGUAAAACUCCUUUUCGUAACUUGUGUGUAAUGGAAGUAUAAUUUUAAUUUUAGGCAUUUGAGUGUUGAAUAUACCGAAACUGUCCUUUGAGGCAUGCAUGUGGAAAGUUCUUAAAAUAUGCUGGGGUAAAUACUUAAAACUACAUGAUUGAGGCAUGAUAGGAACAAUUUUUAUGGGUGAGGAGAAAAUCUAUCUAGCAUAGCCUAGCUGAGACACAGCACACCUUCAAGUGUUGCAGAAUCAUACAGAUUUUAUAUAAAUUUGCAGUAGAGUAAUAUAGUAAGAUGAUAUUUUUUAUUUCAUAAUUCUAAGCAUUUUGCAUAAAACUGAGGCUCAAGCUGGCUAUUGUGACAAUACUAUGGUCCGUGUGUGGCCCAGUGAGGGCCUCAGUCCUUAUUUUAACUUUGUACAUAGUUUUUACAUUGGAAACUAAACAAUAAAAAGGCAUGUGUGUAUCUAGUUCACUUAGUUCAUUCACUUUGGCUUCUUCAGUAUUUCAGUGUGCCUCAUUUCACCGUGCCUCAGCCUGCCACCUUCAUUCUCAUUACUUUUUUCUUUUUCAUUUUUUCACAACUUUAAUUAAUUAAAAUUCUAAUCUUACAACUUUGUCCAAAAUAAAAUGUGAAGUAGGAGGAAGUAUUUAUAUAUAUAUAUAUAUAUAUAUAUAUAUAUAUAUAUAUAUAUAUAUAUAUAUAUAUAUAUAUAUAUAUAUAUAUAUAUAUAUAUAUAUAUAUAUAUAUAUAUAUAUAUAUAUUUUCAUUUAUAAUGAUCUCUGCUUUUCCAAGUAAGAUAAUGAUAUGGAAUCACUUCUGUAGCUGUAUUACUAAGUCAUUCACUUUUGUUUGGAGUCAUAGAUUUGUUGUGUGUACAGUAUAGGUCAGCACUAUUGUUUAUAGCAUUGCCAAUGUAAUGAUUUAACAUUUAAUGAUUGUAGAGGUGCAAUGAAAAGUAAUCAAAACAAAAAAAAUACCAAAAAAAAUUUAUAUGUCUGAUUGGAUAAAGUGUCUCAUGUCUUCAUUUCCUCAAAGGUAACUGAGCAAGGUGAACUUCAAAAAGGGAAAACUUUUACAUACUCAUGUCUAUUAUGGCUUUCUGAAUUGACAGAUUCCAGAGCAGCUACAGGUAUCUUAUGUUUUUGUAUACUGUCUCUUAACAUACAGUACAAGCAAUAAAUGUUGAGAAAAG